CCUUAUAAAACUACAUAGAAGAGCAAUCCCUAAGAUUCUGGCACCUCUACCAUACCUGGGGCAUUACAAUAACCAUACAUUCAGCAGUUACGGUUCUCACUCCCUACUAACAUUAUCAAGAUGGUAGCCUUCAACAUUUUAUGGAAGCUCUGUGCAAUUGGGCUCUCUGCCACGGCCACUUCCAGUGAUGUUGCUCAGGAGCAACCCAAGAAGGAGUCUUUCUUAAGCAGAUUCUUCGGUAAGAAAGAGGAAGCUAAGACUCAACCUGUGGAAGUACAGGAAAGAGAUAAUACUGACGGUAAAGAAGAUAUUGAAACUGGAGAGCCACCCAGGUACUCUGUUGAAUGGCAUUUAUUACCCAAGCCGGAAAAUAGAGCCGCUUUACGUAGUUUUUUGCCACGAAGUUUAUCCAGGAAAGUUCCAGAGGACUGUAAUGAACCAAUAGGGCCUAAAUUGGAAAAACAAAUUAGGAACUAUUUCUCACUCUAUGGCGUUGAAUGGUUUCUGUUACCUGAGCCGGAAAGCAGAGCUGCCUUACGUAAAGCAUUACCAAGCGAUAUAGCAAAAGACGUUCCAGAGGACUGCAACAAGCGAAUGUGGUGUGGACUAGAGGAAUAUAUUUUCAAGUUUUUCAAAAUUUAUGCCACUGGAUGGUAUCUGUUACCCGAGCCAGAAAGCAGAGCUGCAUUACGUUACGUCCUGCCACGGAGUUUGGCUAAAUACGUUCCAGAGGACUGUAAUGAACCAAUAGAUCCUGAGGUGGAAAACGAAAUUAGAGAGUUUUUCUCAAAGACAUUCCAAAAACAGAGAAAAAAUAUUGAAUUUUUGGGCGGUCACAUGUUUUGAUAUGGUUAAUCACAAAUAUUGUAAUAUCUUCGCGAAAACAAAGUCAUCAUAAUGUCAUACUCUAUAG